AUGUCGGCCAAGUACCUGCUAUCGUUCGAGUCCCACCUGAGCAGUCUCAACAUGAUGGUCACUGAAGUAGGAGAUGGACAAUACACGCUCAUUCCACUAACCGACUGCGAGAUCAAGCUUGAAGUGCUUGAGUCAAUGUGGAACAAACUCUCUGAUGCUCACGACAAGCUUACCGGUUGCAAGGACAUCGACAUGUCCCACAACUACUUCAAAGAAGGACGAUACUCAAAAGCACUAAGUCGCUACGUCUUAGUCAAGUCGGCACUGAAGCGUCGCGUGGUCGAGCUUGAGCCACGUCCGGCGCCUCUCUCUCCGCACAAUCUCUCCCUACAUGCGCAAGCAACAACUGCUCGUCCAUUGCUGCCCACGAUUCAGCCUCCAACCUUCAACGGCGAACUACUCGAAUGGCAAUCAUUUAAGAACAAGUUCGCGUCGGUUGUCAACAAAGAAGGCGUCAGUGAAGUCGAGAAAAUGCAUUAUCUCCUCCAGAGCUUGAAGGUUACCGCGCUCUCCCUUGUUGCCAACGUGGAGAUCUCUGAGACUGCAUUCGCUACUGCUUGGCAGACCUUAAAUACAAGGUACGAGAAUAAACGCGUACUAAUCACCGCUCAGCUGAACAAACUAUUCAACAUCCCCCAGAUGGCGUCGCGCGCAAGCAAGGAAGUCAACAAUGUGAUCAACACAGUCAGUGAGGUUAUGAACGCUCUUGCUGCACUCGGGUCGCCAGUGGAGCAUUGGGAUCACUUCGUGGUACACUUCAUUACCCAAAAGCUCGAUCCUACGACACGAGAAGAUUGGGAACUUACUCUCGGAGCUGCGUCCGAAUUCCCGACCUACGAGCGCAUCAAAACGUUCCUCUUGUCCCGUGCACGAGCUCUCGAAGCCAUGGAAGGACGUCUCCCAGUAAAGCCACGUGAUCCCAAGGCGAACAAAAGGGCCUCCAGCAACAACAAGCCUCCUCACGGGUUCAAAAACUCCCCUGCGCAUGUCCAUGUAGCGAAUUCGCAACAAAGCGUCACUACGACUUCCGGGUCAUCCACUAACGCUAACUCUCCGCCUGGACCGAGUCCUGGACCUGCUACAAGACAUCAAAAUCCUUGCUCAUGUUGCGGUGAAGCGCAUUUCAUCGUCUCAUGUCCAUUGUACCGCAAUCUAACGCCUAACGAGCGUCAUCAGCGAGCAAUCUCCAAGUCAUUAUGCCUCAAUUGUCUUGGGACGCAUGCUCUGGAGAAUUGCCGUAGCAAAAAUCGCUGUCGUCACUGUAAUGCAGCACAUCAUUCCAUGCUACACGAUUCCACGCAUCUCUACGCUCCACCAGCCAAAUCUAACGCUCCGACGACUCUCUCGAGCCGUUUUAAAGGCUCUCAAACUAACGCAACUCCAUGCUCACAACGCACGCUCUCGCCAACGUCUACUGCUGCGUCACUACUAUCAACGCAACAAUCACGCUCAUCUUAUCACUCAUCCUCACCAGAAAGACCUCUAGUGCUGCUAGCCACAGCCUACGCCUUUCUUAUUACGCCUACACAACGCCCGCACGCAGUACGGCUUCUGAUUGAUCCAGGAUCCGAGUUGUCACUCAUCUCUCAGCACGUUACUCGCCUGUUGAACCUAUCAAGCUCUGAAUCAUGGAUUCCAAUCAUUGGAGUCGGAAGUGUACCCUCUGGAUCUAUCAAGGGUGCUGUUAAUAUUCUACUACGCUCAGCGCACUCUGACGAUCAAGUCACGCUGCACGCACACGUACUACCACACCUUACCGUUGAAUUGCCUCCAGUUGAUGUCUCACCUCAAUCGUGGCCUCAUAUUGCUGAUUUAGAGCUAGCGGAUCCUAAUUACGCAUCACCUGGCCGCAUUGACAUCCUCGUCGGAGCUGAUUCUUAUGGCGUGAUCAUGAAGCCGGGAAUCAGGACUGGAAGUCCUGGGCAGCCCAUUGCAAUCCAAACUAUAUUUGGGUGGGCAGUUCUGGGACCUAUCAAUUCGACAACGCUCGCAUCGCCUGCGCAUCAAGGCCUUCUCGUCACCAACUCUCAGCUUCAUGACCUCAUCGCGAGAUUCUGGGAGCUGGAAGACGUCUCAUCGUCAGGCAAGGAGUCUCUCAGUGCCGAAGAAGCAGAGUGUGAAGCUUACUAUAUGGCUACCCACUCGCGAGACAUCUCUGGGCGCUAUAUUGUACGCCUGCCUUUCAAAUCGAACGCGCCACCACUAGGGCACUCGAAGAGCAUCGCACAACGCGCAUUAACUCGCUUACUAAAACGCAUCUCAACUCAACCUGAGCUCCAGCAUCUCUACCAUGAGUUCCUCGACGAAUACGAGUCCCUGGGUCAUAUGCAGAAGGGCAAACCCUCAAACGCAGAAGCUGACGGUUAUUACUUGCCACAUCACGGUGUCAUGCGCAAUAACAAGAUCCGCGUGGUAUUUAAUGGCUCUUGCAAAUCAACUUCAGGCAACUCUCUCAAUGAUUGUCUUCACGUAGGUCCCAAGACUCAGAACGACAUCUUCAACGUCCUCCUUUACAACAAUCAAGUCCAGGACUUUGAUCUCUGCACUGUUACCUAUGGUACCACGUCAGCUCCUUACUUGGCUGGCCGUACUCUGCAACAGCUACUUCUCGAUGAAGGUCACGACUUUCCCUUAGCAGUGGAACCUUUCCAGAAAGGCAGCUACGUCGAUGAUAUUAUUGGUGGUGCUGAUGAUAUCAAAUCUCUUAACGCUAUUGCAACGCAAGUUGAAGAAAUGGCUCUUCGAGGAUGCUUUCCUCUAGCAAAGUGGAAAAGCAACCAUCCAGGUUUCUUCAGACUUCCUUUAUUUCAGUCAACAAGUUCAGAGACUCAUCAAUUUAGCGAAUCAUCCUCUAAGAUUCUUGGUCUUGCUUGGCAAUGCGCUCCAGAUCUGCUUAUGUUCACGGGUCAGCUCAUCCUACAAGCAACCAUCACCAAACGCACUAUACUCUCUGAAACCGCUCAGCUCUUUGAUCCUCUCGGUCUGAUUUCACCCAUCAUCGUCCGCGCGAAAGUCUUAAUGCAGGAUUUGUGGCAAGAGAAGAUCGGAUGGGAUGACACGCUCCCUCCUCAAAUCAUACAUCGCUGGACGACGUUUCGCAAUGAACUUGCACAACCCUCGCAACUCACUAUUCCUCGAUGGCUUCAACUACGAUCCGAUAAUUCUCAAGUCGAGAUACAUGGCUUCUCGGAUGCUUCACUGGCUGCAAUGGCUGCUGCAGUCUAUGCAAAAGUGUCUUCGCCAUCGGGAUCCUCCACAGUGACUCUCGUUUGCAGCAAAACCAGAGUUGCUCCACUCCAUCGUUUAACAAUUCCACGCUUGGAGCUAUCAGCCGCGCUAGUACUCUCCAAACUUAUCACUCGAGUUCAAACCACUCUCCAGCUGCAACACGCUCCCGUCACCUUGUGGACAGACUCUUCAGUAUCGCUUGCUUGGAUCAACAGUGAUGCACUGCGUUGGAAGAAGUUUGUAAAGAAUCGAGUGCAACAAAUUCAACAAUCUGCACCUGACGCAACCUGGAGGUUUGUAUCUGGGAAGCACAACCCUGCAGAUUGUGCUUCUCGAGGUCUCACUCCAUCCCAACUCAUCACGCACAAGCUCUGGUGGUCAGGUCCUGACUGGUUAGCUGAACCAAAUCAUCUCUGGCCUUCAUUCGCAGCUCCUGAUGAACUGCCAGAUGACAUGGGAAUUCGUCCUAGCACAGUGCACGUCUCCUCAACUCCACAGCUGCCGUUCGGCGUUUUAUUCCGCCAAGACACAACUCUUACCAAGUUACUCCGCGUCACAGCUACAAUUCAACGAGCCGCAGCGUGCUUUAGAAGAGUCCCGAGUUCUGGUCUCAAAUCGUCACCACUAAAUCCUGCUGACCUGCGAUUUGCUCUCACCUUCUGGAUCAAAUCGACGCAGCAAUCGUACUUUGCCAGCGAGCUCCAAGCAAUCUCUCAAGGCAAAAGUCUUGCAAAAUCCCAUCCUCUCACUCGCCUGACAGCGUGGAUUGAUCAGACCGGAUUACUCCGCGUUGGUGGACGUCUUCAAAACGCUCAACUAGAUGAAGAUGCCAAACAUCCUCCAAUUCUGCCGAAAGACUCAAUCCUCUCCCAUCUCAUCAUCUCCAACGCUCAUACACGCACCCUGCACGGCGGUACUCAGCUAACUCUGAACUACUUGCGCAAGUACUGCUGGAUUCUUGGUGGUCGUGCUCCAGUUAAGUCCCACAUCCACCGAUGCGUCACUUGCACGAGAAUACGCGGAGCCAGAGCACAACAACGCAUGGGACAACUUCCCGCAUCACGUGUUACCCCAUCUCUAGUGUUUGAGCAUUCUGGAGUCGACUGUGCUGGUCCAGUGUCUCUUAAAUUUUUCAACGUACGUGGUUCGCGUACCUAUAAGGCCUGGAUCGCGGUGUUUGUGUGCUUUUCGACUUCCGCCGUUCACCUGGAAUUAGUAACGGACUACAGCGCUGAAGGAUUCCUCAAAGCGUUCAGACGAUUUGUAUCUCGCCGAGGAAUCUGCAAGACUCUCUCCAGCGACUGCGGAACCAACUUCCAAGGCGCACAAGUCGAACUGAAGAGUCUCCUAGCAGGAUUCACCAAAGAAUCGCAACACUUGCAACAGCUGAUCGCUAAUGACGGGACUCACUGGAAGUUCAAUCCACCUGGAGCUCCUCACAUGGGCGGCAAAUGGGAAGCUGCUGUGAAAUCAGUCAAACAACACCUAGCUAAAAUUAACUCUGACAAAUUGCUAACCUACGAAGACUAUACAACGCUGCUGAUCCAGAUCGAAGCUGUUCUCAACUCUCGUCCACUCAGUGCUCUCUCCGAAGACCCGGAUGACCUCACUGCACUCACUCCCGGUCACUUCAUUCGAGGAGCACCCCUCACGACUAUACCUGAACCCUCACUCCUGCAUCUACCAAUCAACCGUCUCUCAUUGCUGCAAUACAUUCAGCAGCGCCUUCAGCUGUUCUGGGCUAAUUGGUCUGAAUCGUGCCUGAAAACUCAUCAAACCAUAUCUAAGUGGAACACGUCUUUCCACGACAUCGGAAUAGGUUCCAUGGUGCUAUUGUUAGAUGAACGGUUUCCACCAUCAAAAUGGCCGCUGGGUCGUGUCACGCACGUUCAUCCUGGGCAAGAUGAUCUUACCCGUGUCGUCACCGUCAAGACUGCCACAUCAACUUACCUCAGACCAAUCCACAAGUUGGUACUACUGCCAAUUUCACGUCAUGAGGAAGAUUCUCAUGAUGCUCCUCCAGCAACAUCACAGUUAGAUGGAAAAUUCGUAAUAUUUCACGACCAGUCUGAUUUACAUGAUAAACAAGAAGAAAUAAGAGAUGAAAAUGGAAACAUUGAAUUUAACCUGAGUCAAAAAUUAUCUCAGUUUUCGAUGUCAAAUGAAGGAAGCAGCCAAUCGUCGAAUCAAUUUGAAAAACGGUCUUUAUCAGAUUACGAAGAUGAGCUUCCACAAGCUAAAAAAAAAACCCUUGGAUUAGAAGUUAAAACCUAUAAUAUAAGUUACACGACAAUUCGUAAUGCUCGAUUAAAAUUUCGAAAAUCGGUCGUUGGAAGUUUGAAAGAUGGUAUUCAUCAAACUGCAAAAAAUCUGGUCGUACACUGGGACGGAAAGAUACUUCCUGAACUUUCAAAUCAGCCAAUGAAGAAAGUUGAAAGACUACCAAUUGUUGUUUCGGGAAUAAAUAUGGAACAAUUACUCGGUGUACCUGUGCUAGAUGAAUCAAGUGGAGCUAAUGAAGCUGAAGUAAUUUUUGAAACUUCAAAUGAGUGUAAUAUUGCUGACAGCAUAGUAGGGAUGUGUUUUGAUACAACCAGCGUAAAUACUGGUGAUAAAAAAGGUGCGUGCGUUUUAUUAGAAGAAAAAUUAAACAAGAAGUUAUUGAAUUUGGCUUGUAGACACCACAUUUUUGAAAUUGUAUUGAAGAAUGUGGUAGCAGUAGCAUGGCCGGCUACUAAUAGUCCUAAUGUACCUAUUUUUGUCAGAUUCAAAAGUAAUUGGGAAAAAAUAGACAAGUUAAAAUAUGACGUCGGUAUUGAAGAUACUAUGAUUAGAGAUAUCCUGAACGAGAAAAAAAAUAAUGUGUUACCUUUUAUCGAAGAUCAUCUACAGAAUCGCACUUCAAGAGAUGACUAUUAUGAACUUUUGGCGUUAAGCUACAUUUUUUUAGGUGGUGUACCUACCGGCGGUAUAAAAUUCAGAGCUCCUCGCGAAACAUUCAAGCUUCCUCGCGAAACAUUCAAAGAAUUACGUGUUGUUAACGAUACUGCCGAACGAUGCGUUGCACUAAUUGAAAAAUUUAACGAUUUUGGUACAUAUGACGAAGAUCAGAAACAAUAUUUACUAUUAGUAGUUCAAGAAUGUAGGAAAGAAUUUCCGACGUGUGCCAAAAAGCUGUAUUCAAGAACAAAAUAUUAA